UUUUAGACGCGGGAUCGUCUUCAUAUUCAUUUGUACAUUAUUUAGGAUAAAUCACAUAAAAGCACAAUUAAUGGAAACUGUGGAAUGCCCUGGAGACAUCCGGUUAGAAGAAAACGAUUUGCCUGGUUGGGAUAUAAUUCGAAUGUUUGAGUUGGAUUCGUCCACUGUUCAAGGGGUGAGAGUAGUAUCUGGAUCAGACGAUGUGCAGAGGGCAUAUAGACUUCUCAAGAACCAUGAUAUCAGAGAACCUACAAGUAACCAGUUUCAACAAGGUCUCCCAGACGAGUUUUCAUUCGUAUCCACCUUCAAAUUGACUGAUCGAACAGGAGAUGACGAGGACUGGUGGUUAUGGCUGAUCCGUGACAGAGCUGGCACUCCGCAAAUUGGCAUCAGGCUGAUGGGAGAGGAAAAAGCCCUUCAAUUCAUCUAUGUAAAUGAGCUAGGUCAGCUCGAGAAUGUCCGCUUCGACAACGCCAUGAUGCUGUUUGAUAGGAACUGGCACAAACUCCACAUGGCUAUCAGUAAGAAUCGACUUGAUCUAUUCGUAGACUGUCUGUCUAUCGGGUCAGUCCAGUUGAGUCCCAGGGGUCAAGUCGAUACCUUAGGAGAAACCCUCAUCGCGAGAAAGUUCAGCAACGGAGGGGGACCAGUGCAGUUUAUCCUUCAAUGGAUGAUCAUACACUGCGACCGCACCUUCCCAACUCGUGAUCAUUGCUCAGAAAUUUCGCAAGGACCUCAGGCGACAGAAGAGCCCAAAACUUGCUCUGUGACCUGCCCAGAAGGACCACCAGGACGACAGGGUGAUCCGGGUUUGCCUGGACCAGCGGGUCAGUUGGGACGUCCCGGUAUCCCAGGUCGAAUCGGGUCAACCGGCUCGAAGGGAGAGAAGGGGAGUGAAGGAUAUCGGGGACAACCAGGUCCUAUUGGUCCAGUAGGCAUCCAAGGUCCGAGGGGAUCUCCGGGACCUGGCGGACUCAACGGUGACCCAGGAAGGGCUGGACCAAAAGGAGAAAUGGGACCCAAUGGACUACCAGGUUUGCCGGGUGUUCCAGGCGAACAGGGACCACGUGGUUAUCCCGGCCCACAGGGAGAUCAAGGACGACCUGGAGAUACGCCUACAAGAGAGCAAUUGAUCGAUAUUGUCGUUAGUAUACCUGGUCUACAGGGCGAUCCUGGUCCGCGGGGAUUACCAGGAAUUGACGGUGUCAAGGGGGAGAAAGGAACUCGUGGGGAGUAUGGCUACAGAGGUGUUGAGGGACCAAAGGGUAUCCACGGAGAGAAAGGCCAAAAGGGAGUCUUUGGUGAACCGGGACCGCCCGGCCCACCUGGUACUUUGGGUGAUAUCAACAUACUGGAGAUCACGGGAACGGAGAGUCAGUUAGUUCCAGGACCACCAGGACCCCCUGGAGUUCCAGGUAUACCGGGAGAUCCAGGAACACAGGGAUUCGGCGGGUCACCAGGUGAAAGGGGACCGAAAGGGCUCGCGGGAAUAAAGGGAGAAAAGGGAUCGACAGGUUCCCGAGGGCCAAGAGGAGACGCGGGACUAACGGGCGAGCCUGGACCGGGAGGACCGCCUGGACCUCGUGGGGAUAAAGGAAGUAGUGGACCCCAAGGCCCACAGGGAUUGUUUGGACCAGAGGGUGAACGAGGACCAGCUGGAUUGGUCGGAGCAAGGGGCGUUCCUGGACCUCAAGGAGAACCAGGACCAAGGGGCUUCAAAGGAACUACAGGAAGUGUCGGAUUCCCAGGAUUCAAAGGAGAUAAGGGAAGUACAGGUGAUCUUGGUCUACCGGGAAUAGCAGGACCCAAGGGAGAAAAGGGUGGCAAGGGUGCGACUGGUCUUCGUGGGAUAGCUGGACUAGCAGGACUUAAUGGUAACCCUGGACGGGUUGGAGAUCAAGGUGAACAGGGCAUACAGGGUAACAAAGGUCAACCUGGUGCACGGGGAGCUAGGGGAGAGAAAGGAGACGAGGGUAUUCCGGGUGCAAGAGGUUUGACCGGAUUGAGAGGGUCCAAGGGAGACGUCGGGAAUACUGGUUAUUCGGGACUCCCGGGAAAAGACGGCGAUUCCGGUCCAAGGGGUCCUCAAGGCCGCCAAGGAGUCAAGGGAAGUAAUGGAGAGGUCGGAGAUCGAGGUCCAACUGGAUUGAUUGGCUUACCUGGAAGAAGAGGGCCUAAAGGAGAGGUCGGAGUGACCGGGAACACCGGUCCAGCCGGUCGGAACGGCAAAGAUGGACAGGCUGGUCCUAUGGGCCCACGCGGACCGAAAGGUGAGCGAGGUGACAACGGUGAUCCGGGUAGUACCGGCCCCCAGGGUCCCCGGGGCGUACAGGGGUAUGUCGGUGGCAGAGGAGAGAAGGGCGGUAAAGGUGACCGCGGUCUAACAGGAACAAACGGGCAGAAUGGAAUACCUGGUUUGACUCCAACCCAAGACGAAAUAUUGCGACUCAUUGAGAGAUACUUUCAAAACAAUAUCGAAAGCUUUGAGCAGCGGUUCCGUGGUCCGCCUGGCCCACCGGGUGAGAGCAUCCAAGGCGAGCCGGGUCCGGCCGGUAUCCUGGGUGUGAUGGGACCGUCUGGACCGAUGGGACUUCGAGGUAACCCAGGAUCUAUGGGAAGACCAGGGAACAUCGGCGGCGUCGGAACACCGGGAGAAAGGGGUCCGCGUGGUCCAAGAGGAGAGAAAGGAGACAGAGGACAAGGAUACACCGGUCCUGCAGGGGCACCGGGAGAAAGAGGUCUACCUGGUAAACCAGGUGUCGGGCGUCCAGGCAAAGACGGUCAGUCCGGCUUUCCCGGUCAGGCCGGGGUACCCGGAGAGAGGGGUGAGACCGGUAAAAUCGGUCCUCCCGGAUACUGCGAGUACUGCAACUACGCCCCGGGAACUUACCCGUUUCAGAUACCCCCAGCGGUGGAUCUAAAUAACAAGGGUUAGCUUAGGGUGCAUUGGGGUGGCUGCAAAAACAUCAUUUUUACUUAAGAAAAUAAUUAUCGUCAGUGAUAAGAAUUGAAAAGGACAAAAUACUUUUAAACGUGUUAAACAUGAGUAUGUAGACUUAAAAUCCCGAUGCCGAUACUGUAGAAAAUAUGGUAUUGGAAACAACACCAUUCGUUGUUCUGAGACGACCACACCAUCAGGACAGUGUUAAAAUACACCACUGAGUUUGAACACAACACAGCACAAAAUAGUGUUAAAAUGACAAAUAGACUGUGCUAAAACAGUUUUAAACCAAUGUGUUGAAAUAACGCCAUGAAUCUAACACCGGCAUGUCUGGUGUAUGUUUGGUUUUGUCUUCUCAGAACAUCUACCGGUAUCAUUUCAACACCAAUAUUUUCCAGUGUAUUAUUUCAUUUUGUUAAGUAUUAAUCUGUACGCUUUUGUACGUUAAUUUAGCAGAUGCAAGGUAUAAACUGUGUAAUAUGGAAUACAAGCAUACCCCUAAGCUAUAGAAACGCGUUGAUUUUGAAUCUGGAGUACCUUUCUGCCCUCGGAUGUUUUUUUUUUAAUUGUUUAAAAAUGAUAAAAGUCGACAACGGGACCAAUACCCUAUUUCAUGUAUUGUUAUAGGCAUACAUACCCCUUGGUAAAGUUUUUUUUAAUUAUUUUUCUUUUUGGUGAUUGGCGUUUCUACGUUGCUUGCUGAACAAAAAGUUUUGUGUAAAUAUUAUUUCUGAAUAUUGUGUGUGUAGGCAUUAUAAGAAGUGUUAAUCCAACCAAUAUAACACUUUGUAUUUGAUUCGUAGGUUUGAACAAAAAAUAUCAUUUUUAAUUUUUUUCUUUUCAUUUUAUACAAAUUUGUGCAAAGUAAACGUACUUUAAGCCACUUGCUCUUAGCUUGCUAAAAUGUGUGAUCUAAAUGCUAACAAGACAACAAACAAUGUAAGCAACUGUUGGGUCCCUACAGCUGUUUCUAUUGACAUCUACUAUUAUCAAAUAGUAAGAUGACGUCAUUGCAAUGAUAAACGAAAUACUUGAAAUGAUAGAAAAUGUAUAUAUUUUUAGACUGUGCAUAUUCUAGGUUUUCUUUAGACAAAUAUUUACUUUUAUGGUCCAGCUGAAUUUCCAUUUAUUUAUCAUGAAUUUAGUAUGUCGUUUCUUGACAAGUAAGCCCUAUAUAGUUACUCUUUUCAUUACAGUCUUCCUACUUCAAUUUAGAUAAUAAUAUCGAAAACAGAACGUUACAUAUAUGUUCAAUUGAUUAUGAAUUUUUAUUUCAACAUUUAAACGUAAUAAUGAAUCUUCAUUAAUUCAUCUGUAGAUAGCUUUAUAUCAUUUAGACUUGCUAGCAUUAUUUUAGAGUUAGAGAAAUACAUGUACUGGCUAACAUGCCUAAAUUUGUAUUACAUGUCGUGCUGCAUUUAUAAAUAUUCAUUUCGUAGAAGUUACCCUUGUUUAUAAAAUCUAUAGCAAUUUUUUUGUUUCCAGUUAUAUGGCUAGAAAUGUACUUAUGACCUUGGCAAAUGAAAAUGUUUGUUGUGUAUUUUGUGCCUUAUUCACGAUUGGUGCUAUUUUCAGGAUUUUGGCUUUUCUAUAUACCAUGUCAAUAAUUAGCAAAAAGCUGAAAAGUUAUGAAAAUUUCAAUCUGAAUGUGUUUUUUUUUAACUACAUCACUUUGAACAACACAAUAUUUCUCUCUCUCUCUUUAUUAUCAUCAUUAUUAUUUUUUUGGGGGGUGUACCUCUUUCACAUAAGUUUAAACGAUUGCUUCUAUAACCUGUACUUCUGUACACCUAUAAAGCAUGUGUGGACUUUAGUAUUUGAAAUGUAAUCAGGUAUUCAUGAUCUUACGCCUUUUUUUCAAUAAAACUUUGGAAAUAUAAUUCAC